CCUUUGUCCGAUCCCUUACUAAGCUUAGUUUCCUCCUCGUUCAACGUCGCCUCUCUCUCUCUCUCUCUCUCUCUCGAAUCCAAUCAAAACCCUAAUUCCAAGCGUAAAAUCCGCAAAUUCGCCCUCACUCCGAACGCGAAAUCGAAGCGAGGAGAGGGAAUCGGAUCAUGGCGAGGAGGAGCGGCACCAACUGCGGCUUCUGCGAGCGGUCCAACCUCGCCUCCGUGUGCUCAAUCUGCGUCAAUCACAGGUUGAACGAGUACAAUUUGAUGCUGAACCCGUUGAGAACUCGCAGAGAAUCGCUCUAUGCGAGGCUGAGAGAGGAGCUCGAGGCGAAGAAGAGAGCAGAUGACCAGCUAAAUUGGCGGGUAAGCCAAAAUGAGAAAAUAAAAAAGUUGAGGGAUCAACUAACCAACAAAAAGAAACAACUCUCACAAGAGAAGGCUAAGCUUGAGGAGCUGUCAAAUGAUUUGAAGUUAAGAUAUCAGUUGUUGAAUUCAGCUUCUGCAACGUUAGAAAAAAAUCGCGCAGAGUUUUCAAAGUACUACACCGACUUCAUUUACACACAGGGCUUAGGCCAUAUGGCAAUCAACUCUCAGCGGCUUCACAUACAGGUGGUGGUAAUAAAACAGAUUUGCAAACUAUUCCCAAUAAGACGGGUUAACUUAGAUGGAGAAAAAAAGGACGGUUAUAAAGGUCCACAUGAUCAAAUAUGCAAUGCUCGGUUACCUAGAGCACUGGACCCACAUUCAGUUCCAUCUGAAGAGCUUGCAGCUUCUUUGGGGUACAUGCUACAUCUUUUGAAUGUGAUAAUUCCAAUACUGGCUGCUCCAUCCCUUCAUAAUGCAGGUUUUGCGGGUUCAAGUUCACGCAUAUGGCAACGGGAGACAUAUUGGAUACCACGCUCACUUUCUCAAAGGAAAAUAUCCAAACACUCUGUCUGCCAAAAACUGCUGCUUUUGGGAGCGGAAAAGAAGUUCCACGCCAAACAGGCACUUAGGCUUUGUAUAGUUAAUGAGUAUCCACUUUUCAUACCGCGGCAAAACUUCUGCUCAUCUGGUGGGGAGAAUUCUUGGUCGGAUAAAAGUUCCAGUAAUUUUGGUGUUGCUUCUGUCGAGUCGGAAAAGAAGUCUUUCCUUGGUGCCGAGAGGAGCGGCAGUUUUAAUUACUCCUUUGCUUCUCAGCAUUCCAUGGAGACUCACAAGGACCUUCAGAAAGGGAUAUCUCUCCUUAAGAAAAGUGUUGCGUGCAUUACGGCGUACUGCUAUAAUUCAUUGGGUUUGGAAGUGCCUUCCGAAGCUUCCACUUUUGAAGCGUUUGCGAGAUUACUGGCUACUUUGACUUCGUCAAGGGAGAGACGGUCUGCUUUUUCAUUAAAGCAGGCAUGGUCGAGGUCAAAUAAGCAGGUUCAGCAGCUGAAUAGAUCAGUAUGGAACAUAAAUUCAGGCAUUUCCUCUAGUAGCAGUCUAAUGGAUAGCAUGCGCACAACUAUAAUGCCAAACUUUAGCGACAACAUCCUCUCGAACUCCACCGCCAGUUUCCUCUACACUCCAGAGAUGGCUGAGUAUGGAAAAUCCGAGAGCCUCGUCGCCGAAGAUUGGGAUAUAAUCGAGCACCCGACCUUGCCCCCUCCGCCAUCCCAGUCCGAAGAUGUAGAACACUGGACAAGGGCCAUGUUUAUCGAUGCCACCAAGAAAUAGUAUUCAAGCACAAGUCCCUACUUGCCCGCGCAUGUCUUCAACAACUACCCAUCGAAGAAUGUUGAUAGUUUGUGAGAAGCAACCGGUUUUUCUGAUUCUGCAGUAUCGGCUUAUGCAAACCCUAGCAACCCUAGUUGAUGUAUAGAACUAACCCAUUUAGCAGCUUCGUAGAAAUGAGAAUAUCAGGUGAAAAGGAGCUCAACCUCUUAUGGUAAGGGCUUAUUUCUUAGUGUACAGUAGUAGGUAGGGCAAUUAUAGUUCAAUGUUCUCGUGAAAUAUUAUAUUCCACUUUGUUUCUUGAAAAGUUAAUAAAUACUCUUUUACUAUCAAAAGGCGAAGUUCAUUUCCUUUUA